AUGAACAACUGCACCACAAUUCUGGACCAGUUCCCUUCCUCUCCUACUUACAGAAAUAAAUAUAUCUUCAGAUUGGAAUCUCAGCAUCCUGUCAAGUAUAAUUUUCUUCCAGGUGUCCAAAUUAACGCACAAGACUCUCCACCCAAACUCAAGUUAACCACAGAGAAGGAGGAGGUGAUGGAGGGGACCUCUGUGAGUUUGAGCUGCUCUGCUGCAGCCCCCUGUCCCAAACUCCCCCCAAAUCUGACAUGGACCCCCAGGCUGAGUGACAGUGUGGAUCAACUGCAAGAGAAUGAGGAUAAUACCACAUUUGUGUCUUCUGAUCUGACCUUCACUGCUUCCCACCUCCACCAUGGGCAGAAGAUCACCUGCAGGGCACUUUACCCACUGCAACAAGGAGGCAAUCAGAGGAUGUCUGAGGCCAGUCUGACUCUCAAAGUCCGAUAUCCUCCUAAGAACGCCUCAGUGUCAGUCAGUCCCUCUGGUUCAGUGUUAGAGGGCAGCUCAGUGACUCUGACCUGCAGCAGUAAAGCCAACCCACCAGUGCAGAACUACACCUGGUAUAGAGUGAAUGGGACAGAGAUGAACACUGUAGGAACUGGACAGAAUCUCACCUUCAAUGUGACUGAGUCCAAUGGCAGUGAACAGUACUACUGUGAAGCACAGAAUGAACAUGGCAAGGAGAACUCAACAACUGUACAGCUGAAUGUGAUAUACAUGCCUCAGAUCUCUGGCUCUGGGAGCUGCAGCAGAACUGCAGCAGAGAUCAGCUGCUCCUGUGAGAGCCGUGGGAAUCCCUCUCCCAGCAUGGAGUGGCGUGUGUCUGGACUGCGGGUCACUAACUCUACUGACAGAGUCAUCAGGGAGGAGCAGCUGGGGAACACAGGCCUGAGGAGCUCCCUCACCAUGCGCCACUCACAGGGAGACACGGCCACUCUCCUCUGCCUCAGUACCAACACUCUCGGCACCUCCAGCCUCCAGCUCUGUGUCCCGUCUCCACAGCGACACUCAGUUCUCUUCUCCACUGCUCCCCUGCUCAUUGGAGUGUUAGUGGGGGCCCUGGUGACAAGCUUGCUGUGGGGUGUAGCUCUGUACCUGAAAAAAAAGUAA